AUGGAGAAUCUACUAGAGGAAAAUGCGCAGUGUUUGCAAAAUAAUAAGCAAGAUUUUCUUGUAUCAGCUGCCGUUUACAAAGCGCGCCAUCUACAGGAAUUCAACUGUGACACUUUCGUAAUGGUAUCCUGCGAUGGGAAGUACAAACGCACAAGAAUUGCCUAUCGCACCGAUAAUCCUUAUUUUAAUGAGUAUUUCAGCUUUUCAUUGCAUUGUUCUGAGCGUAAGCUUCGACGCAAGGGUCUACUGUUCGCUUUAUAUCGGUCGUCCGUCUGUACCAGCAUGCAUUCAUGCAUUGGCGAGUGCCACGUGGAUCUGAACACAGUCUGGGAACAGAGAAAUCAUGGAUUUUUCAAAAAAUGGGUCACAUUCGAACCGACCGGUAGAGCUUUAUCGAACGAGCUGCACUGUGGUUAUCUUUUGGUAGAUUUAUCGAUUGCAUCUGCUGUUGGAAUCCCAUCGCCUAUAGUAGUGGCUCACGGGGAGGACUAUGACACAAUCGCAAGGAAUAGACUCCUUCCAGCACCAGAUGCAAACGAAGAACCACAAAGAGUUCGAUGCUGCUUCAACAUCUUUCGUGGAGAGUUCGUUCAUAGUGCUGAAUAUGCUGUUCGAGUUUCUUACGGAGGGUCCAAGGUAAAAACAAAUGUCUAA